AUGGUUGUUGGUCAGUGGGACAACCUGGACAGUGCUCAUCAAAACCAUUAUGUAGAUCAAACCAUGAAUAACAAACAGCAUAUGUCUGCCAUUGCCCACGUGUCUGCAAAGACCCUGCGUGAUUUAGUUGAUCCCUAUGCAUUUUUCUUGGAGUGCAUUCAGAGCUCGUGCUCUUUUGGCUGGGCGAAGCUGCUGAUGCUGAAAAAAGUAACACAAAAGACAACAGAAGAAAAUAAGAUGCCAGUUGAACAACAGAUGGAUGCAGAGGCAGAGGAAGACCAGUCUCUGAGAAAGAUGUGCUGUGCUGCAAACCCUUUUCUUUUCCUUGCAGUGCUAAUGAUUUGCCUGCCUCAGGGAGUUUUGGGCCAAAACUUGCAGGAACAGGAUGGUUUGUGCAACGCUGAGGGAUGCUACUCAGUUCACUUCCAGCGCAAGACCUUUCGGGAGUCCUGGAGAAGUUGCAAAGAUAGAGGGGGCAAUCUGGCUGUAGUGAAGCGACCAGAAGAGGCAGCAUUGGUCAAGGAUCUGCUGAAUGCUGGGGAACGUCAUGGUCCUCGCCCCAGGCUCAGGCUCUGGAUCGGUCUCCAGAGGCAGCCUCGACAGUGCUCAGCCACGCGUCCUCUGAGGGGCUUCACUUGGAUGACGGGAGAUCAAGACACGGAGUACACUAACUGGCAACGUGAGGAAUUACCAGGUGCAUGUACUGCCCCUCGUUGUGUGGUCAUUACCUACAAUACUACAGACAAGAGUAACAGUGACCAGAACAACUUUAAGUGGCUGGAUGGUUCAUGCAUGCUUGCUGUGGAUGGUUUCUUGUGUCACUACACAUCCCGAGGGAUGUGUCCAGCUCUGCAGAGUGAAGGAAAGGGACCCGCACUCUACACUACCCCUUUCAACCUGCUCAGUACCCUGCUCUCUCAUAUCCCCUAUGGAUCUGUGGCCACCCUACCUUGUCCAGAUAUCACCAAGGGAGAUCAGUCAGUGCUCUGUAUGCUACAUGAGGAUGGAAGAGUUGGAUGGUCCAAAGAUGCACCUCUUUGUUCCGAUGCUCCAAAGGACUGGUGUGAGCAGGACAAUGGAGGUUGUGAGCACUACUGUGUGAAUGCAGAUUCUCACUAUUACUGUGAGUGCUCAGAGGAUUUCAAGAUAGGAGACGAUGGGCAAAGCUGCCAGCCCUUGGAUCCAUGUCACAGUGCUGACUGUGAGUUUGACUGUGAGCCCAGUCCUGGGGGAUACCGCUGCAAGUGUCCAGAAGGGUACCUCCUCUCAGAGGAUGGUCUAAAUUGCAUUGAUAUUGAUGAGUGCUCACAAAAUCCAUGCCCCCAGGUCUGCGUCAAUGCACCAGGAACGUUCGAGUGCCGCUGCAAUGAGGGCUAUCAGCUGUCUGAGUUUGGUGAGUGUUUGGAUGUGGAUGAAUGCAAUUUAGGCAAAUGCGAGCACUCUUGUGAGAACUCCAGAGGAAGCUAUAUAUGUCUCUGUCAUGAAGGAUUCUCCCCUGUACCUGAUGAUCCGGAGCGUUGUGAAGAUAUCGAUGAGUGCCAACUCGCUGGCUCUUGUGAGCAGAUAUGUGACAAUUAUGAAGGUGGAUUUGAGUGUAGUUGUGAGGCAGGCUAUGAGUUGCAGCAGAAUCAAUAUUCAUGUUUGCCUAUUGAAGACAUGGCUGAGCAUUACACAACUGCUGAACCGGUUCAUCCAACAACACUUGUUUGGGAUGACCCAGGUAACACACCUGACAUAGUGACUGAUAAUAUUCCUCUGGAGUGGUCUACGGAACUUCCACCAAGAUUAGACUGGUUUACAGACAUAGCACAGGAGGACCUCAUUACCUCACCAGAACCUGGCUGGACAGAGCAAACCCCUAAUUCCCCAACAUCAGAUUGGUUAAAGGAUGCUACAACAUCAAAUAUACCAGCUGAUUCAAAUGCUAAGGAUGAAAUAAACCAGUGGUUGGAUGAGAGCAGAAUAUUAUCACAAGGUGAAGACCACAUGCUUUCAACUCUUCCAACAAAGAAGAAUGAGGAUGCUGAUAGGAUCACUCCUUCAACACAUCAAAUCCUUGAGGGUAGUUUGCCAUCCGCCUCCAGCCAAGAGCAGAAUCCAGGUGGCAAAAAGAAGCAUGAUAGAAGCUGGUUGCUAGUAGCACUACUAGUUCCUCUCUGUGUUUUUAUCGUAGUCAUGCUAGCACUGGGCAUCGUGUACUGUACAAGCUGUGCUGUUGAGCCACGCAACAAAAAUGUAACAGACUGUUACAGCUGGACCACCAACUCCAAACCUGCUGAAUCAAAAGCUGCAAAAUCACAGGCCUGAGAAUUUUGCACAGGACAACAUGACUAUUAAAAAUAGCAGUGUCCCAAACAAGUCUGGCUGUGUCUCAUUAUGUCAUUUUGGUAUUAUGUGUCAUUUAAGGAUUCCAGGUUUGGACUGUUUUGAGAAAACUUUAGAGGACAAGUUAUCAGAAAUCUGUUUCCAGUUGGAACAAAGCAAGUUAUCUCAAUGCAGUCACAUUUUAUUUGUAUUUCACUGUACAUUUAGAGGUUCUAAUGGAAUUAGUACUGUGUUGUUUAUACAUCCUAAAGUUACAUAAAGAUUGUUUUUAGAUUUGACUGUGCAUUUUACCAUACCCGAUUUUUUUUUUUCUCAUAUCAAAAAUUAUUGCUCAUAUUGACUGCGUCCAAUAUUUUGUAAUAUAUGUACAUUCAGGAAGGUCAUAUUGCUCAGCUACAUGUAUCUUGAUACUAAGUGUUUGAUUAUUGUAUUAAUUUUGUAUCAAUUACAAUGAGUGACGUUUGGUCAGUGAAGUAUUCCAUUUGGUCCAAAUUAUUGUAAAGCAGUGUAUUGCAGAACAUAGUAUAUUGUACAGUUUGCCUUUGUGAAUUGGCUCUUUGUAAUGUGAAUAUGCACUUCGUUUGUAUUUUACCACAAUGAUUCACUAUUUGCCUCAAAUUUGCAAUAAAAUUGAGUGUGAAGUUC